CGUUGAGCGCUCAGUGAAAGCUGGCUAGUUUGCUAGUGUUAUCUUGUUCACCUGAGUUGCUGGAUCGUGAAGGCAGCUUGUCGUUUGCGUUUCAAUUUUUUACAGCGCGAACUGCAGAAUGAGCAAAUCUAGUUUUAAUUCGGUUGGCGGUGGAAGUACAGAUGGACUCGAUAAGGUUGACAUGUCUUUAGAUGAUAUUAUCCGGCUGAAUAAGAAACAGAAACAAUUCCAGGCCCAGAAGUCAGUGUUCAGGCUCCCAGUGAAAGGUCGCUUCACCCAAGGGAAGCGGACUGGUCCAAGAGCUGGAGUGCCACCUAAAAGAGGAGGUGUUGCGAACAAGCGCUUCACUCGAAACCGCAAGCUUCCUCCCACGGUGGCCAGGCGUCGUGGGCAGGGAGUCAUCACUGGUUUAGCUGCGAGGAAAAAUGCUGCUCUGUUUAAAGGGAUCAGUCCACUCAACCGACCUGCCCAGAACAGACCCGCUCAGACCCGACCGGUGCUGAACAGACAGAUGCCCAGCAGUGCAGCUGUGAACCAGAGAUCUCAGCCAUUUGUUCAGCGACGACAGAUGCCGAUCCAGAGGAGACCAAACAGACAGAUGGACUCGCAGAAACCUCAGGGCUCAGUUUCUUACAGACCCUUUCGGCUUCGCAGAAAAUGGAAUGCACCGACUGCUCAGCAAACACAGAGAGAAGCACGACAAGCCACCUUCCUCUUCAGAAGAGGACUCAAAGUUCAUGCACAAGUUCAGAAGACAAAGUCUUCUCAACCCACACAGAGAACUCGCUCGUGGCGCACUCCUACAAACAACAGUGGCAUCCUCACGGUCUCCAUAGACAACCCCACAGCUAGAACACAGCCUGAGCCCGCUCAGUCCUGGUCCCUGCACCCCGUGACUCCAGCACGCUCCGCACCUCCUCAAGAGGAGCCAGAGAGGAAACCUCCUAAAGGUGUCGCCCUGCAGUUUGAUAUCAACAGUGUUGGAAAACAGACUGGAAUGACCCUCAACGAGCGGUUCCGCAUCCUGAAGGAUCAGCGUGUGGCGGCAGCGCAGCAGAGCAGCAAAGGAGGCCGAUUCGUCACUGUGGCCUAGAGCUGAACUCUGAGACACUGAGUCACGUGUUCCUCUGUUCCUGAUCACACACUCAACAACAAUCUUACAGGACAGAACAGGCAAACGGGGACCUGAGCUGAACUAACGCUGUUCAUGACUCAAAUCGAUUACAGCCCUCGUGGAGGAGACUUCAUCAGACAGUGGAGAUGCUGGUUUUCUGGAAGAGGAGAUGUUGGGAAGUGACUGAUUUUCUGUUUUUUAGUUUAUUUUUCUAAAAAGCUGCCAUUCCGUCCUCACAAAGCAAGCAUUAACUGUUGUCCCAGAGUUUCAGUUAUGUUGUGUUGUCUCCUGAUCCGCCCUUCGUAUGUGAUGGCGUCUUGUUUUUUUUGUUUUUUUUUUAUAUAUGCCUAAAGCAGUUGCAGCUAAAUGAUUCUAAACAUUUCUGGAUAGACUUUGUUUUUCAUGAAACGGCUGUAUGAAACCGAACACAUUCUUUUUGUAGACCAAAAAAGACUGUUUUAAGAUGUUUUAUAAUGUUUCAAUUAAAAAACUCAAUAUUGUGCAA